GUGCAAUUGUGCAGAUCAAAGCGUUCAUACAAUUGAAGUUGACAACGGAGGUGGUAUGCAUUGAUGUGAUGGACAGAGAAAAGUGACACCGGAUAUAUGUUUAUACCAAUUUGAAUACAAAUUAAAAUUGUUUAAUAUUGAUAACAACAAUCAUGAUAAUAACUAAUUUUAUUGCAAUUACAUAGAAUAAAAUUAUUAGUAGACAAUGUCAGCCCAAACAACAAUGACGGAGCACCGCAAAGCCGAUAAAGAACUGAAAACCUCACCAAAGCGUGCGCCAGCAAUCGAAUAUGUUGCCGAGUACACCAAGCGUAGUGCAUGGGAGUUCUGUGACGUCACACCAAUCCACGGAUGUAAACAUUUUCUUGGUUCCAAUAAUUUACCUAUCGAGCGAUUGUGGUGGAUUUUUGUAUUUGUUGUUUCGUUUUACUACUGCAUACAUCUCGUAUACACCAUCUACGAAGAGUGGCAACGCGAUCCAAUUAUUGUUAGUUUCGAACAGAAAACCUCAUCGAUCUAUUCGAUUCCUUUCCCGGCCGUUACCAUUUGUCCCGAAACGAAGGUCAAGACCUCCGUAUUGAAUAUGUCGCAAACUUUUGAAUUGGUUCGCAAAAACAAGUUGAAUGAAACGAUCGAUGAAGAACGUGUAAGGAGACUACUGCUGCUACUACAGCUGUGUGAUUACAAUAUCUACGACAAACAUGAAACGCCAUUCUACUUUGAUGAUGUCUUGAUCGAGCUCCGAAGAAUGUCUAUCCCUGCAUUCGAGAUGUUCAACACUUGCGGCUGGAAAGGUCAAGGUGUGACCUGUUUGGACAUAUUCAGAACUACGCUAACUGAAAAGGGGUUCUGUUAUACUUUCAACACCGUUGCAAAUAAUGAUUUGCUACGCAAAAGUGAGAUAGAUCCAAGGUACAAUCUGAACUCGGAAACUCGAUCAUCAGAUUGGGAGCUCGAUAAAGGUUUCCAGGAAAGCAUAGGGGUAAACUCUUUCCCACGUCGAACUGCGACCGGAGGAUAUCUGAACAGUCUCCUAGCCACUCUCAUAGCCAACAAGAGCGAUUUGGACUACCUUUGUGGGGAUUCGUUUCAAGGCUUCAAAGUGAUGCUUCACAUGCCCGACGAAUUCCCACUGGUUUCCCAUCAGUACUUUCGAGUACCCUUGGAUCAAGAACUGAUCGUGACCGUGACUCCCGUCGUUAUGGGCACCGAUGAUCGCGUGCGACAUUAUCAACCAGAUAAACGUCAAUGCUACUACACUCACGAGCGUUAUUUACGUUUCUUCAAAAUCUACAAUAAAGUCAACUGCGAAACCGAAUGUUUGACGAACUAUACUUUCAAUCUAUGCGGGUGUGUCCAAUUCUGGAUGCCGCAUCCCAAAGGAUCCCCGGUCUGCUCGCUGCAUGACAGCCCAUGCUAUCAGUCAGCAGUGUCGCACAUUUCGAAAAUGUCGGCGCGUAAUAAAGCGAAGGUAAACGAUGAUCUACCUGCGGCAUCAUGCAACUGUCUUCCAACGUGCAACUACGUCGAGUAUCGAACACAAGUGUCACAGGCGAAGUGGAACUGGCAGAAUGGAGAGUACUUCAACUAUAUGGAACGAAAACCGAUGACUAGCGGAGUGCACCAGUCGAAGAUGGUGAUCUACUUCAGGGAGGCGGACUUUAUUCCGCUGGUGCGCAAAGAAAAAAGCAGUAUUAGCGGAAUGAUCGCCAAUUGCGGUGGGCUGAUGGGUCUGUUUAUGGGGGUCAGUAUACUAAGCUUGGUCGAAUUGAUAUACUAUUGUACGUUAAGACCAAUCGCAAUGUGGAUGCUGACUAAGCAGAAGAUUUCUACCACAAACAAAGCGGAAUCAUCGAGCCGGUGUGAUUGUGGUAGCAUCCGAGGGUGAAGCAGGGCUUUGUAGUGUUAAUGAAUGAAUUAUUUGGCCGGAAAAUUGAUAGAAAACAUUUAAAUAUUGAAUUAGUUUGCUCAGAUAA